UAUACUUUUCUUUCUUUCUUUCUUUCUUUCCUUCUUUCUAUUUCUGAUCUGAAAUCAACCUUUUAUUUUCAAACUGUCUGAGACAGAUACCCGGUAUUUCCGGAUCCGGACAUAUCGAUCUAUAUAUCGGACAGACGAUACGGGAUGCUGAUGGCUACGCUGAUCUUGGCUCCUGAAGUGUCUAUACCACGAAUACCAGGAAUAUCGGUUAAGCACUCUCCGAAAUGGUGGAAAUUAUUCAUUCCGUGUAGAAUAUGCAGUGUCGGGUUAUUUGUUCGUGCCACCCCCGGGGACUUUUACGUUGCACACUUAGAUAUGUCAAGUAAAACCACCAACCGGUAUACAAAUACUUUUUCAACAUGAUUAGCAUUCUAUUCCUGCUUCUUGCCCCGCUGAUGACCGCGUGGAUCCUCCCUCUCCAAACCCGUCUCGAAGCCCCCGGAUGUGACGGGUCGGGGAUUGUAGACCCCCACGGCCGAUGCAACGGGGACGGCAUCAUCGAGCAUCCAGAGAACCCAUACCCCUACCCUUAUCCCCCAGAUGGGAGAUGGAAGGACCGCGAAGGGUUCGUGUUCGAUAACCCGUCCACGGACUGUGCGUUUGUCUCCCAGCCGGAGAUCUGGGACUCGUUCAAAGUGCUCGAGAAGGAUAUGACCAAGCUGUUCACCCGCGUGCACAGGGAAGUCGACUUCACCGUCAUGGGCCACCAUCCUGUCGCGGGGCAUUACCAUGAUCUCCUCCAUUUCUAUGUCAACGCUCUCCGCCGCGUAAGCAAUAUGUUUCUCGAUCAUGCGGAGUUGUUCGAGAUCCACCCGCGUGCCAUCCAUGGAGGUUGUAACAGUCAGUGGUCUGUCCAGGAGAUUAACUUCAAGGGGAAGAUGAACUCAGGUAUGAAUAGCCGACUUUUUUCUUUCACCCCGUCGUUCAAUUUUUUUUUUCUUACAUCUUAUUUAGGAGACGACUUCGAUGUGGUGAAUGUCUGGGUCACGAAAUGGGACAAACGACACCAGAUCGUCGAGUGUCGGACGUACAUUGACGCACCGCGGAUCAUCGACGGCAUGUUCAAGAAUGAGCUGUGGCUGAAUGCCAGCUCGAUAAGGGAGAACCUGCAGUAUAUUCCUGGUCCUGGGGGGAUGCCGGAUCUCAAGGAGUUGGAGGAUCUGAUGGGGUAUCCGGAUGGAAGGAAAUAUGAAAAUUAGUGUUACCUCCUCCGAGUUAACCUUUGGAGAAUGUGACUUCUUAGUAGAUAGAUGUCUAACGCCUAUUGCGGACCCGAUAUGAAUCCUCGAGCUGGAAUUUGUCUGUGUCAGUCAAGCCAUAUUGAGAGACUGCUCAAGCACUAUCCUGUCUCUUGAAUAUCUUAGUUAUAACCAAACGAUCUUCAGGUCCAAUUUAGCUG